AAAAAAUAUGAGACUCACAAGCAUCAAUCAAUUAUCAUGGAAAUGUUGCCCAAUGAGCUGCUUACCUCUAUCGGCGAGUAUAGUCGGGAGGGAAGGUACCGCUCAAGAUCCGUUCGGGCCCUGAGCCUAUGCUCUAAGCGCUUCCAUCAUGUCUUUCAACCGCUACUCGAUUCCGACAUCCUGCUUACCGGAAAUCCCCUCACUGCCCGUGAUGUCGCUCUAAUCAUGCGAUUCUGGAAACGUCCAGCACUCGCUUGUCGGGUGCGUCGUUUCGAGGUCCUGUGGGAGGAAUCUGCCAACUCGCGGCGACGCCAUGGGACGUUCAAUACGCAGCAGCCUGAAGCCGUGGUCUUCAUCGAACACGCUCUGACUGAGAUCUUCGGCGACCAGCAACCGCGUCUCAAAUGCAGGUGGAGAGUGCAUCUGUACAACCUGAAUACAGAGGCCUGGGCGGCGAUCCUCCUCGUCCGCUUGACUCGUUUGCGGACCCUGGUGCUGAGCCACAGUGAAGACGAGGGAUUGGUGGCAGAGAUUAUGCGCAGGGCUGCGCAACGGCAGCGACCUUUCCAUCGAGCGCCACCCUUCCCGAUCCUCCAGGAAAUUCAGGCCGAGGCCGCGUGGAGCAGGGCCUGGAGGGUGUGGAAACCAGGGCUUCCCGUCCGCUCAGCCGUACUUAAGCCACACGCCGGGAGGCCGCGUGGAUGA